AUGGGAUUUUUGCAAUCACUGCUCACUCUUGCCAAAUUGGGCAUUGUUUCAACCUUUGUCUCAUGUUUUGUGAUUGUUCAUAUUUAUUUCUUUUUGGAGAGAUCUCCACCAGCCAAUACUAAACAUUUAGAUGAAAUGAGUUUGAAUUCCGAUGAGGAUUUACGAUUUUUCUCGAUUAUUGAUGAGAGUACCAUUCCAAAGAGGCCAAUGCCUGCGGGUACGACUCUCGGAAAAGGAAGUAAAAAACUUGUACAACCUAAAGUGUUGAGAAUGAUAGCUUUUGAUGAGAUUGGAACGAUCAAUUCAACCACACGAGUGAGUGAUGAAGACAAUAAUAUUUAUACAAUUUUCCAAAUACAUGGGAUGCCAGGAUCUCGUCGUUGGAGACAUCCAAUAGAUCAUCACAUGAUACGAAGUUUUGGAGGAGACAAGAAAUUGCGAGUAUUAAGUGUCGAUCGGCCUGGAGUGGGUCAAACUAGUCCUGUCAUCUCCUCUAUUCAAUCAGAUGGUACUCCAGUUUAUAAUUUGGAACCACUUGCUGUAAAUUAUUAUGAAGCAGCAGCUCUCGAUUUGUUAUAUGUAGUGAGAAAAUUAAGAUUGAAACGUUUUUCUGUGCUUGCGUUCUCCCAAGGAACGCCGCAUGCGUACAUGUUAUCCUUUUAUUUAGACCAAUUAAAAAAGCAAGAAAGAGGAGAGAAAAUAUUUCGAGCAGUUCCCCAUCAAAAAUUCACAGAAACAUUCAACAAUGAUUUGCUGAUGAAAAUUCUCCUCUCAAAAGACAGCGACAAAUAUUGGCAAUAUGAGAACAGUGUGUUCAAUGUUACUGUUAACAAUGAAUGGACGUGGCAAGAUGUGACCAUUGAUAAUGUUGCCUUUAUAUCUCCACAGGGUUAUUAUAGCGAGAGCGUUAAGGAAGCACUUUUGAAGGAUCAAAAUUCAAGCGAACCAAUUGAAAAGAGAUGGACAUCUUCGUUGCGCUUCUUUUUCUCAUUGAACAAUUACAAACCACCUCUUGGAACAAAUAUUGUGUAUUCAAUUUACAAAAUUCUUUCACAGCUAGGAAUGAUUACAAAUAUCAACUAUUGGGAAAGUAAUAUGCAACCACUUCUUGAUCCUCUUGGAAGAGAUGCCUUUUUAUUUGAAGAUGAAGCCAAUGGCUGGAAAAAAGUUUUUAACAACACUCUCAUUGAUUCCUAUAGAUUCACAACUCUCACCACCAUGGUAGAAAUAAUUAAUUCGUACUAUUUCACUGAGAAUUUUCCAACUUCCAAAAUUGAUUUACAAUCUCCACUCAAGAACACAAAACUAUUUAUUGCUACGUCAAGUGAUGAUGUGGUUGUGCCUGUUCAAGCUUCGAACGCAUUCAUUGAACAAUUUUGCCAAAAAGAAUUGAAUUCUCAAUGUACUGUGACUGUUGUGCAAAACACAACACAUUUUCAACUGUUCAAAACACACUACAAGACAGCGAUUGAAUUUAUUUCAAAGAAUGUUUUAAAGUUUGAAUCUAAUGAGAACUUGAAAAAACCAAGGAAAACAAUUGUAGUCGUGGGAGGUGGAUUAGCUGGAUUAGCUGCCACAAUUGAGGCAGCUUCUACCUACGAUCAAAAUGUCAUAUUAAUUGAGAAGGAGAUGCGCCUUGGUGGAAACAGUGCAAAAGCCACAAGUGGAAUGAAUGCGCUUGGAACCAAAGCCCAAAAACUUGCUAUGGUAUUUGAUACCUAUGCUCACUUUUGGAACGAUACCAUCAAAUCAUUUACAGGAGGAAAAGUUCUUUCUACCCUCAAGGAGGCUCGAAGAAUCAUUAGAAAUCCAAAGAAUCGAAAAAAGAUUGAAGGAGAAGACAUUUUAAUUACCGAAAAUUCGUGGAAACUUUUAGAAACUUUAAUUAAGAACUCAAAAGCUGCUUAUCAAUUUUUGCAAGAAUAUGGCGUGAAUUUGGAUAUUAUUUCACAAUGUGGAGGCCAUUCAAAGCCAAGAACUCACAGAAGUCUUAACAAAUCUGACAAACCAAUCAAUGUUGGCUCAGAAAUUAUUUCUAAACUUGCUGCAUUUAUUACCGAUUCAAUGAAGGAUCGUGUGACAGUCAAAUUGGGUCAUAACGCCAUUGAGUUACUCAAAUCAACUCAAGGCAACAGUAACGACAACAACACGACUGCAAAUUCUGAACCAAUAACACUUGUUAAAGGAGUUCGUGUUUUAAACAUUAAGGAAAACACCACACAAGACAUCAUGGCGGAUGCUGUUAUAUUGACCACAGGCGGAUAUGGACAAGACCGAGACGGUUUCCUCAAGCAAUACGCUCCUCAUACUUCAUCAUUGCCUUCCACGAAUGGAAUGUGGGCGAAUGGUGAUGGUAUCAAGAUGGCUAUUCGAGAUGUGAAUGCCUCGUUGAUUGAUAUGGCAGAAAUCCAAAUACAUCCAACUGCAUUUCUAGAUCCAAAUGAUCCAACAGCAAUGACACUCAUUCUUGCUCCAGAAUCUUUGAGAGGUUAUGGAGCUAUUAUUGUCAAUCAAGAAGGAAAGAGAUUUAUCAAUGAAUUGGGGACGAGGGAUGAAGUGUCAGAUUCCAUCUUUGAACAUUGUGGAAAGGAGUCACCUUAUCCUCAUGUGACUGCUUACAUGAUCAUGAAUGAUUUUGUUAUGACAUCUUUUGGUGAAAGUUUGACUUCUUUUUAUGUGAAAAAAGGUCUUAUUCGAAAGUAUGAUAAUUUGACGGAUUUAUGUGAGAAGGAACACAUUUCUCUCACUUUUUGUACCAAUCUCGAAGAAACCAUUUUGGAUUAUGAUGACUUUGUUGAUUCAAGAAGGUCGAACGUGAAUUUUAAGGAUACAUUCGGAAAGAGUGUAUUCCCAUCCAAGUUCAACUUGGAAGAAAAUAAGGCAGUUCCAAUUUAUAUGGCUCGAAUUACACCUGCCAUUCACUACACUCAAGGAGGACUCUUGUUUAAUUCCAACGCACAGGUACUUCGAAGAAAAACACACGAAACCAAUGAAGUGAUUGGCAAUCUCUAUGCAGCAGGUGAAGUGACAGGAGGUUGUCACGGAAAGAAUCGACUUGCAGGCAAUAGCUUGUUGGAAUGCGUGGUAUUUGGAAGAAUAGCUGCCACUCAGGCUGCCUUCGACAGGAAUUAA